UGUGGGCGGCCCCUUUCUUGAGCGCAGAAACUCUUACUGUUCCCCCUACCCUGCUCCUCCCCCACAGCGGUCUUUCUCUUAGCUCAGCCACUUCCUUCCUUGGCCUCACCCUCCCCAGUGUACUGAAGAAGGGAGCCGGGUCCGAACCCAGCGGCGCCAGUUCUCCCGCAGGAAGGAAAGCCGGGCAGAGAGGCAGCAAUGAAUGUGGAUCAUGAGGUAAACCUCUUAGUGGAGGAAAUUCAUCGUUUGGGUUCAAAAAAUGCUGAUGGAAAGUUAAGUGUGAAAUUUGGGGUCCUCUUCCGAGAUGACAAAUGUGCCAACCUCUUUGAAGCAUUGGUAGGAACUCUCAAAGCCGCAAAACGAAGGAAGAUUGUAACGUAUCCAGGAGAGCUGCUGCUUCAGGGUGUUCAUGAUGAUGUUGACAUUGUAUUGCUGCAAGAUUAAUGUGGCUCACAUGUCUUGAUGUACUGCCGUUUUUUGUUUCUGGUAAACUGGAUAUAAAGUGAAAGAACAAACAUUUGAACAUACUUAAUGUGUUUUUAUAAAACUUUGGAAACAAAAGGAGACUCAUGUUUUAGAAGUCUGUCCUUUUUUAUAUCUUGAAAGAAAAUUUAUGUAUGGCACUAUAAAAUAAACAAAUCCUAUUAUUUUUCUCAGGAAUCUGGUUGGGAAUUGCAGGAAGUGAGAUUUUUUGGAGGGGGGACAGGGGAAUGUUUGUUUCAUAAAUAAUUAGACAUUUUCUAUAGAUACUUGACAUUCUGCAAACGCAGCAAGCAAACUGAAGACCAACUCCUAUAAGAAAUGUUAUAAUGUUUAUGUAAUAAAGACAUGUAACUGUCUUAAAAUU